AUGUCUAAUGCAGAAAAGGAGAGAGAGACUCAUGUUUACAUGGCUAAACUUGCCGAACAAGCUGAACGUUACGAAGAAAUGGUGGAGAGUAUGAAACAAGUGGCAAAACUUGAUUGCCAGCUGACUAUGGAAGAAAGGAACCUUCUUUCCGUGGGAUACAAGAACGUGAUUGUUGCACGAAGAGCUUCCUGGCGGAUCAUGUCUUCGAUUGAACAAAGGGAGGAAUCGAAAGGAAAUGAAAAUUAUGUUAAGCUGAUCAAAGGUUACAGACAGAAGGUAGAGGAAGAGCUGUCCAACAUUUGCACUGACAUAUUGGGCAUCAUUGACAAGCAUCUUAUUCCGUCUUCUUCCUCUGGUGAAGCCACUGUUUUUUAUUACAAGAUGAAAGGUGAUUACAACCGGUAUGUUGCUGAGAUCAAGACAGAUCAGGAGAGAAAAGAGGCUGCUGAACAGUCAUUGAAAGGUUAUGAGGCUGCCUCUGCCACUGCAAACACAGAUCUUCCUUCAACCCACCCAAUUCGUCUUGGCCUCUCCCUUAAUUUCUGUGUCUUUUAUCAUGAUAUAAUGAAUUCUCCCGAGAGGGCCUGUCAUUUGGCUAAGCAAGCCUUUGAUGAAGCCAUUGCAGAGUUGGACACUUUGAGUGAAGAGUCAUACAAAGAUAGCACCCUAAUUAUGCAGCUUCUGAGAGACAAUCUCACCCUGUGGACUUCUGAUUUGCCUGAAGAUGGAGGUAUCGUAUAGAUUUGAAAUAAAUCUAGUUUUUCUGAUCAGUAACACCAGGGACCAUUGUUUAUUGUUCAUUAUUUCUUGCAUCCAUCAUAUAUAGAUAAAAUAUAAGAUCUUGUCCCUCUUGUCCUGUUCAAACAAGAAGCCUUGUCGAUUGAUUUCAAACUUUGGCAUGCUUGGGAAGCACUGUCUCAAAUGUUACAUGAAUCAAUGCAGGUGAAGAUAGUGUAAAAGGUGA